GCUGUCAUCUCCUGCCUGCUUUGAAAGUAUUGUCAGUUGAAAGAAACAAUCUUAACACUGUUCCAAGAGGAAGGGAAUUGAGGAUCUUUGGAAAAACACCAGCCUUCCCAAUACAGUCAUGAACCUUAAGAUCAAGGAAAUCGUGGAUAAUGAAUUGCAUACUACUCUUCAAAAGAAAGUCAAUACUCUUUCAAGUAAAACUUGCCCCAAAUUCAGCAUUUCACGAAAACAGGAAAAUACAUUUUGUUCAGUCAAAAUAGUGUUGCUCUAUGCUGUCUAACACCCAACCAAAGUGACACCUUCUAGGAACAAGAGAGGGCUGUAAGGUUUCGAUAGCCUUUUAGAAAGGGUUUGCUAGUCACUGAACUAUGCCAGGCAUCGUAGCCUUUCUGACAGCCUCUAUCCUCAUAAACAGAUGGUUCACAUUGUCCAAACAGUGUAUAAAUGAAGCAGAAAGCUGCAGUACGAGCAACGCUAUCCUGUGUAUUGUUUGCUGAAUUCAGUUGAUCUCUAAUAACAUCGUCAGUUUCAUUAGCUCUAGAUUUUUAGCAUACUGGGGGCGGGGGGCAGGCAAACCGAAACCUCAGAUAUCUCACAAAGUCAGACAAAGGGAAUAAUUUUGCACCUACACAGGAUCCUCAAAGUUCUAUUUUUCUCCUUUUUUGAUACUAAAUAAUCCUCUGGCACGAAGGAAACCAUCUCGCUUAAUUAUUUUGUAGUAUCUGUAAGGUUCUCAUACAGACAGUAUAGAAAAACUUGUAGAAUAUAUUGAUAGAGUUUUGAUUCAUUUUGAUAGAUAAAUAUAACUACACAUUAUAGGAUGCCUCCAUGGGUCAGACAGAUCAACCCUUUUCUACAAGAGAGUAAAUUUUUAGAUGUUAAAAGUCAAAUUGCUAUGCAUCAUACCACCAUACUUCAAGUUAUACUUAAAUCCCAUAUUCAUUUAAAUACGUGUUCAGAAAUUGAUGAUCCUCCUCCAAUCCUUCACUAACAUUCCUGGUUUUAACCUCUGCUAAGAAAACACAAACUGCCUUUCUGAAGCAGAGGGGUUUGGCCACAGAGAAACCCUUCUCACAACCGCCACCCCAGGUGCCAGGCUGCUGCCACACCACUGUCUAUUUUUGGUGCAAAUUUAGCUUCAGGGAAGCAUCCGAACUACAAUUCUUCAUGCAGGUGCAAGGAAGAAUUUAUGAACUGCCAGAACUUCCGAAUGCCUUUCCUAUCAGCUACCUCUGGUUUACAGCAGGAAUGAAUCAUUCCCUCUGCUUUUCACAAUAAACUGAAAGACCAAUUACUCAGCAAACAGCAACAGCAAAGCGGAAUAAGAGAUUUCCAGUAAACCAGAUGACACCAAGGGCAAAUUUUUAAGAACUAGUAGCUUCUCAGCAAUGCUUUAUGAUCAAAAAUCACUUUAGAGUGCCAUUCAGGUGUUACAAACUGUGGUGAUGCUGAGUGUCUGAGCGCCUACCUUCCCACUGGAACUUGCAGGCUGGAGCUUCAGGGGCCGCCUGCACAGCACCUAAGAAAAAUCUCCAGCAUUCAAAAGGGCUACUCGUGCAAGGCAGAUGCUGUCGUAACUAGGAUAUGCUGAAGAACAUACUGUCAUGCUUGAUAAUUCACAGGCAGACAGGCAUAAGCAACAACAUGUUUUUGUUUUCAGUCAGGUUUACAUCCUAUGAAUAUGGUUCAAAUAAUUCCACAUAUGGAAAACUCCCGUGAACCUGCAGAUGGCAGUGAAUAGGAGAUAUUGUAUCACCUUUUGCAUCUCCAUCUUUUAUUUACAACUAACAUAUUUGGAUUUUAUAAACUGAGUAUAUUCCACCCUUUUCACUCUCUUCCUUUCCUACCUCCAAUUCUCCAGAGAAGCAAGCUCCAAGCACAGAGAUCACAGCCAGAAUAAUUUUGAUAGCACAAAGGAACGUUACUGCUUUUAUGGAGACGUGAAUUUUUAAAACAUGCAUUGAUUGUGAACGUAUUAACGUGCCUGCUGUUGAUGCUAUUCGGCUUUUAGAAUGGGACAACCACUGAAUAGGAAAGGCAUAAUAACUCAAAGCCUGCAGCCACUCGUUGCAAUAGACAGGAAUGGAAGGAAUUUUGUUGCAAAGAAUUUCAAAAGCCACUUGAUGCAAUUGGGGAAACAAGAACAUGAAGUGUAAAACAGUUUUGUUCUUCCUAGGACUAGGCCUGCUGCAGUCUUUACAAACUGUCCAUUUGUCAUCCAACGGCAUACGACAGAUUGGUCUGAACGAUUUUCAAAACUGUUCACAGCUGAAGGACAUCGACUUGCAAAACAACAAGAUAACUGAAAUUCAUCCAGACGCCUUCAGGGACCUCAACAAAUUACAGGUCGUGGAUCUCCGUGAAAAUGCUCUGACAAUGCCCUUACCACAGAUACUAAUCAGUUUGAACUUCUUUCAACUUGAAGUGGGUUUCCCAAAUAGUUCCUGGAUCUUUAACUGCAGACUAAAUGCUUUCAAACAUUUAUUUCAUUUUCUUUUUCACUCCACGAGGAAAACAUUGAGGAUUUCAUAUAACAAACCUGCCGACAACUCACCAAAAUCUCUGCUGUAUCUUUCAAGUUUCCAUUUAAACUGCAGUGACACUGUGUUGCUCAAGAGGGCUGUAAUUCCAACAGGGAAGACAUCGGUGCUGAACUGUGACUUGGACAAUGCAAGGGGUAAUGGUCUCUCUUGGUGGACACCUAAAGGCAGAAUUUCAAAAGAUAAUAGUCUUCCUCAUAUGACAGUGGAUAAAAUGAAUAAUUUAGUGAUAUACAAUGCUGAGAAAACUGCUGAAGGGUUAUAUUUGUGUAUCUUUAAUACAACAAAGAAGAACUAUCUCAUCUACAAUGUACAGGUGAAAGAAACGGUUUCAAAAGUUUUGGUUAGAAAAGCCCGGGACACAAAUGCUGUUUUUAGACAAGGAAGAACAGAGCAAGACCUUGCCUUGGCUGUCUCCCUCUCAGUGCUCAUUACAUUUGUUUGUGCUUUUUGUCUGGGUGCUUUUGCUAGACCCUACCUUGUGAGCCUGUGGAAGCUCAUGUGCAGGAAGAAAAAUACAGGCUCAGAACAUACUUACUCUAAUCAAGCUUUUUCAGAUGAAACUUUGAGCAGAAGGUGCUCUGCAAGCAAACCAACACGUAUGCAGUGUAAUUUGUUCAUUUGUAAUGAGAGUUCUUCAAGAAACACAUGCAUUUUUCCUACAGAAACUUCUACUUUGUAUGAAAAUGUCAUCGGUAGCAGCGUACAUGCACAAAAUACUGAAGAAGAGUACCAGAAACAAAGCAAUAAUGAGAGCAAUGCGAAGAACAACCCAGUGUCUUCAGACAUCAAAACUAGUAUCAUCAAUGAUGAAAAUAUAAAUGUUGAUGAUAACGGACUAUUUUCUGUAAGGACAGAUUACAAGGACAGCAAUGAAGUAACGCCAAGAAAAUUAAUAAGCGAUAACAUUUCAUUCUGGAAGGAUUCAAAAGAUGCAAAUAAUGAAGACUCAGAGGACAGCAGGCUCCCUGCCAUUCCCUCCAUACCCAGGAGACUGAAUGCUGACUCCUACUCAAAUCACACUGACUCUUCAGAUUCGGAUCUAUCCUUCACGGGAGAGACUGACUUUCCAUUUUCCAGAAUACAAACACAUACAGUUGCACAAGACUCUAGGAACAGCGAGGUAAGCAACAAGUCUGGUCUGAUGCAGCCUGAAAUCACAAAGGCUACACUAGAUUCUCCCAAAAGAAAAGGUAUCAUUUCACAUAAUGAACCCAUGAGCACUACAAAAUCUAUGUCUGGAAGGCAAAGCUGUGAUGAACUUGGUCUAAUCAGCAGCAUAAAUAUAAACAGUGAUGUGGGAGAUUUUAUUUUACCCAGUAGCUGCAAGAGAGAUACAAAUAUUGAGAAUUUAAGUGCCUACCAAACAACAGAAAACUCUCCUCUGACAGAGUACAACUCUAAAAUGCAACAUACAAAUGAAAAACAUGCUUCAGCAGAUAUAUUUGGCGAUAGUUCUUCAGAUGAAGGGAUUCCUUUCACAAUGAGUGACUGUAGUUCUGUAGCAGACUUUGAGCUGGAACAACAUGAUGUCAGUGACAACCUGCCAGUCUGUCAGUCAUCACCAGAGGCAGCCGCUACGAACAGUGGAACUGAGAAGUUCUCAUCACUGCUAGAGCCUCCAGACAUUGCUGCUGAACUUCAGCAUAUGGGGGAAAAUGAAGAUGAGAAUAAUGCAUAUUUUGAAACCACUAUUAAUUGUGGAUCAGACACCAUCAUGCCUGAAACAGCAUCACUUUACGCUGAUAAAUGUAGUGACCGUGUAAGCAUGUCAGAUUCCAGCACGAUUAGUUCUUCAAGCCAAGAAGUUCCUGAUACUUUUGAUUACUUUACUAAUGCAGAGUCAACAGUACAAAACUCUCCCCCUGGUUCUCUCCACAAUCAAACUACAGAUUUUGGUUACACGUUACUUUCAUUAAGGCGUUCUCCCACAUGUGACACAGAUACAGAGUGCACUCCUGAAGCAGCUGAAUUGGAGCUGUAUCAGUUUCCCAUUGAACCACAGCAUUCCCUCAGCUUCCGUCCCACUGAACAAAAAGAAAACGCACCAGAGGGAAGCACAGAUGAGCACAUAGAUAGGAACUCCUCUGAAAAGGGUCACGGUGAAGUGGACAUUACAUUAAGAAGAAACAUGAGUCCGUCUGAGGACAAUGAUUUUAUUUUCACUCCCAUUGAUAUUGGUUUGAAUGAAAUUAUUAAAAAACCAUCGCUACUACAUUCCAGCAAUGAAUCAUCUCUUCAAUCUCUGCCUGAACACACAGCUGAAAAUCAUUUUAUGGUUAUUACAGAGAAAGAAGACUUGCUACCACAGGGGAAGCAGGUGAACACAACUAAGGCUUGUGCAGAUAAAAUGCGAACAGGUUUUAAUGACAGAGACUGUGCUGGAUACACAGAAUUACAGGAUACCAGCAACUGUAGUCUGCCCGAAGAAACACAGUCUGGCAAUCUUAUGGCAGAUCUGCUGCAUCUUCACUCCUCUGGGAAAACGCAAUUGGUCUUCAACAGAGAAGAUCGUUUCCAGCUGGAUCAGAGUGACGAGGAUGCAUACUGCAUCUCAGUCCCACAAGGCUUCUUCAAUGAAAGCACACGUUACAGUUUGUGUUCAUUCCCUCAAAAGCCUACAGGAAAUAUAAUCUCCAAACGCACCGAUUCUAGCCAGGCGGAGGAUGAUACUACUUUGACAGGACUGGAGAACAACUCUACAACUGCUGCCAACCUCCAAAAUUCAAGUGAAAAACUCAGUCAAAAAAAACAGACUAAUUCAGGACAGGGCCAGGUUUUUGUUAAGAAGAAAAGAGCAUUUGAUGGAUUUGCUAAUGUUUUGCAAAGCAGGAGAACCAACUUCAAUAGCUGAGACACAAAAGUGUAAUACUAAGCUCCCACAGUGUUUAUGCCAUAUAGUAGGUGCAAAAAUGAUUGUGUCUUAAAAUGAAAUGUGUAGCUUGCAGUAACUGUUAGAUACCAAGGGUUGUUUUGGGGGGGGGGUCCUCCCCCCCCCAGUACAACUAUCUAUCUGCCUUUACCUUCAGAAAUCCAAGUAACGGAACUAGACUUAACAAUGAGAUGUCGAAAGCCUGGAUUCAUCCAAUUUAAAAACUAUCAUAAAUCCAAAGGGUAAUUCAGGGCAGAAGCCAUGGACUUCUAGGAUACUCAAAUGAGUGAACUACUCAGUAGUUAUAACUAAUAAUAAAGCUUUUGCUGAGUUAUAAUAAUAGUAUUUACUUUCUCAUUAUUGCUGGUACUAAGAUAUUAGUUUCCCUUCAAAUUUUGCUUCUGAUAUGCACUAUUUUGUUUUUCUUUGUCUAAAAUAAAUGUAACACUGAAAUUAUCAUUA